AUGCGGUCUCGAAAGAAGGAGCGAGAAGCCCCCGAGUCAAGGGUAAAGGUGUGGGAGGCCGGAGCUAACGCAGUACCUGAGAGAGCAGACUCACCAGCACCUGAAGAAGCAGACGCACUGGCACCUAGAGCAACAGCCUCGCUUUCACCUAGAGCAGCAGCCUCACCAGUACCUAGAGCAGCAGUCUCAAUGCCCGG